AUGCUUCCCGUCCAGCUUGCACUCGUCGGCCUCCUCAGCCUCGUCGCCGACGCGGCCAGCAUCCCCAUGAGUCCCCGGGCCGCCGUGUCCCCCAACCCGCUCAACGUCCUGGACCGCCGGGGCUUCUUCGUCCGGUGCCCUCACUCGGGCACGCCUACCUACUGCCUCCCUGCCUCGGCGUCCUGCAAAAAGGGCAAAUACGUCACGAAUGCGUUCAAGCAAACCGAGUGCACCACGACCUGGGCCUGCUUCUGCGACAACGAUACCGUCGACUUCUAG